CUAACUAAGUAUGGUCAACAAAAACGAACGGUCUAGAUCAACUUUUGAAAAAGAAAUCCUGAAGAACUAGGGUUAGGGCAAUUAUUCCUACUUGCAGAAGCUUAAUCGAUCACAGAUCAGUCGAUCAUCAAUCAGAUUUAGGGUUCGGAUUUCUGUCAAUUAUCAUAUGGAGAUGGAUUAUGUCACCCAGUUUCCUCACAAUCAUAUGGAUCGUCGUCCCAGGAAGAGACCCAGGUUUGCUUGGGAUAUUCCUCAAGCUCACACGAAGGCUCAGUCAGGAUUGUAUUAUGGGCAAGAGGUUGGAAAUGGAACAAGCAUUGGACCAUCAAGAGUACUUCCAGACCAUGCCAGUCUAUUUGUAAAGGGAUUGGCUCAAAAAGGCUCUCCCCCAUGGCGAGAUGAUGACAAAGAUGGACAUUACAUGUUUGCUCUCGGGGAGAAUUUAACCUCUCGCUACAAGAUCCAGAGAAAAGUUGGUGAAGGCACGUUCGGCCAGGUUUUGGAAUGCUGGGAUAGGGAAGCAAGAGAGCUGGUUGCCAUAAAAGUUGUCAGAAGUACGAAGAAAUAUCGUGAAGCAGCAAUGUUGGAAAUUGAUGUUCUCCAUCUACUAGGAAAGUAUGACAGAAGUGGCAGUCGUUGUGUUCAAAUACGAAACUGGUUUGAUUAUCGUAAUCAUAUCUGUAUUGUAUUUGAGAUGCUUGGACCAAGCUUGUAUGAUUUUCUACGGAAAAAUAAUUAUCGCCCAUUUCCGGUUGAUCUUGUCCGUGAGCUUGGCAGACAACUCUUGGAAUGUGUAGCAUUCAUGCAUGAUUUGCGCCUCAUCCAUACAGAUCUGAAGCCAGAGAAUAUUCUUUUUGUGUCUCCUGAGUAUGUAAAAAUACCAGACUACAAGUUUCCAUCAGUCUCACCUACUGAGGGUGCCUAUUACAAGAGGUUGCCUAAGUCGAGUGCUAUUAAGGUUAUUGAUUUUGGAAGCACAGCAUACGGACAUCAUGAGCACAAUUAUAUUGUCUCAACCCGGCACUACCGAGCACCUGAGGUUAUUCUAGGGCUUGGAUGGAGUUAUCCAUGUGAUAUAUGGAGUGUUGGUUGUAUCUUGGUAGAACUUUGCUCGGGUGAAGCAUUGUUCCAGACACAUGAGAACUUGGAGCACUUGGCCAUGAUGGAGAGGGUUUUGGGUCCAUUACCUCAGCACAUGUUGAGAAGAGCAGACCGGCACGCAGAGAAGUAUGUUAGAAGGGGAAGGUUGGACUGGCCAGAUGGUGCAACCUCUAGGGAAAGCAUCAAAGCGGUUGUGAAGCUACCUCGCCUUCAGAAUCUAGUGAUGCAGCACGUCGAUCACUCCGCCGGGGAUAUUAUUGAUCUAUUGCAAGGUCUUCUUAGAUAUGAUCCCUCCAACAGACUUACAGCUCAUGAGGCUCUCAGGCAUCCCUUCUUUACGAGAGAUCAUUACAGGAGAUUUUAAAGAGAGGAAAUUGUGUUUUUUCUUUUACUACGGAAGGUUUUAUUCGUUCAUUAUGGUAUCGAGUUAAACUGGCUGGUCUGUAUUCGUGUAUUGUUUUCUUCUACUGUUUUUCCUUGUGAAGGAGUGAAAAGGGCUAGCCAGGAUUUUGAGGCAUUUUGUAAUUUUCGGUCAUAUGGAGCAUUUGUAAAUAAAACCUACUGAAAGGAGAAGUCUUCUCCACACAUUUUUUUUC